CUGUGAUUUCUCUGGUUCAACCUGCUCAUCAGGCUUGGGUCAAGAUUUUUUAUUUCAUUCUCAUGACUUGAGGAAAAAACAACAGCAACAGGAGCGAUGGACUACAAAACUCAGGCUGCUGAAGUUGAAGCCUCCGCCAACUUUGGAGACCUAAUUGAAUUUGUCUAUCCGAUUGGCUACUCCCACUGGGGCGUCUGCGAUGGAGAUGGAUACGUCAUUCACUUUGCAGUGGCAGAUGAGACACAGAUAAUGAACACGUUCCGUGGUUACCUGCAGACCAUUUUCCCAGUCUGCGGUGAUCUACUGCUAGGAGAGACACGGAUCCGCCGCCAACGUAUCUCGGAAGUCAAUGUUCCUAAAGGAGCACGCGUAAUGGUGAGCAACUCUGAGCAUACAUUCACACCCUCAGAGCCAUGGGAUAUGAAGCGACGGAGUGACUCACUGCUGGACAAAAAAUUUCCUUACAAACUGUUCACUCAGAACUGUGAACACUUCGCCACCUUUGUACGCUACGGAAAAGCUGUGUGCAACCAGAUUCCAGGAAAAGCAAAAAACAAGGAAUGUGAGGAAGCGACCAAAGUGUUUGCAGAUAUCGUGUGGAGAGAGACUUCAUGACCUGUGACAGUCAUGGAAAAUAUUUAACCAGAACAAUCCACCUGCUGUUAACAUGUGUUUCCUGCAUUAACACACCCACUGCACCUCCAUCACUCAUUAAAUCACCUGAAUUAAUACCUGCCAGACUGUAGGCUAGAAGGGAGUAGAGGGUAAAAGUACAUAUUUCUAAGCCUAUAUAUGUAUUGUUUUGGUUUCUCAAUUAUUACUAUUUAUUUAUAUGUGUGUGGGUAUGUUUAUAAUAAAAAAAUAAUCACUGA